AUGCAUGUUCGCAAUGGAGAAGACAAAAUACACAAAGAAUGUCUUGAUGUCAUCUGGCAGACAAUCAAGGAACUUGCAAGGAAGCUUGUCAAUGCACUGUUCAAGGGCUACAGAGAAGACAUCCCGAUGCCAUUCAUAUAUGGCUUCAAGAUUGGCAAACACCAUCUUACCUUUUCCUUCUUGAAGAUCUUUGGGCAUAAUCACAUCACAUUCUGGAUCCCGCAUCAAAGCAAUGUAACCAUGAAUGACAAGUUCAAGCUGUUUUGCCCGACCAGAGUGCACUCGCCCAAUGUCAGUGUAGUUGAUGAGGAACUUCUCCCUAUUAUGCAGUAUCCAGUCAAUCAUCUUCUCCACAUCCUGUUCAAAGAGCUUCAACUGAAAGCAUUGGUCCAAUUGAGUCUUCUGUUGAUGCCACUUCUGUUGCACUUCAUGGUGGAGCUGAUGAAGAGAUUCCAAGAGGCUAAGAAUUUGAGGAAUGCUUGUCUGAAAACGGUCCUGCAGAUCAACUGCUUGCCAAUGGAACUCCUCCAUUUCAAGGCGAGCCUCAAUCCAUUGACUAUGAUGAUCCACAAGACAACCCAUUUUGAAGAUGUCAAUACCUGCUACCAAUGGAAACACUCCAAUGGGAUGGGGAGGGAAGGACAUGCAUUCAAUCCAAAGCAA